GUGGGAAGGAGGCGACGGUCGAUGAGGCUGCAGCUGCCCAGGCAAAAGUGGUGGGACGGCGAACCCGACCUCACCUCGUCGCCGCGGCCUGUCCAACACGCCAUGAACGAUUGCCUCCAUAGGUAUCUAUAAUGCCGCCGUCCCCUGCGAUAACACGUCGUACCAUCUCCCACCUCCGCCGAUGUAUACGACCUAGACUUGUCGCCGUCAGCCGCCGACCCUUUUCCCUUUCCCCACCACACAGAACCGAUGGUGUCUUCCGGGAACUGACUGCCCAACGCGUUGGCCAGCCGUGGAUCGAAGCUUUGCGAGCGCAACAAAAUGACCCGAGCGGGCAGAGCGGCGCCGCUGCCGUCUCGCCCCCUCCGAAAGAGCGGGAUCUGGCGCCAAAGAGGAUGAAGGACAGCUAUCACAGCGUUGUGAUUCCCCUCGGCCGAGAUCCUUGGCUGCUCGACACCUAUGCCAACUCUUCCGGCCAUAUACGCUUGGGCACGCUGUUCAUGGACUUGGAUGCGUUGAGUGGAGUAGUAGCGUACAAACACACCGGCGAUUCCGUCACCACCGUCACCGCCGCCUUUGAUCGUAUCACCAUCAACCACGCCUUGAACGACACUUGUGAUCUCGAGCUGAGCGGCAUGGUCACGCACACCGGCAAGAGCAGCAUGGAAAUCAGCUUGCAGGUCGCCAAAGCCCCGAAGGAAGGCGAGGCAGUCAAGCCUGAAGACAUCAUGAUCACCUGCCAGUGCACCAUGGUCUCGCUCGACCCCGCCACCAAGAAACCCGUCGAAAUCCCCCACCUACUGCUCGAAACGGCCGAGGAGAAGCGCAUCUUUGCGCAAGGCGAGAAGAACAGCCAUGAGCGGAAAGCACUGGCCAAAAGGUCGCUGCUCCGGCAGACACCCGACGACGAAGAAAGCGACUUGAUCCAUUCCAUCUGGCAGAGGCAGCUGCGAUAUCACGACCCAAACGAUGCCUUACGCAAGCCCGAGAGCGUGCAUUCCAUGGAAAGCACCCGACUCAAUACCGCGAGCAUCAUGCAGCCCCAAUACCGCAACCGGCAUCAAUUCAUGGUGUUCGGAGGCUAUCUAUUGAAACAGACAUUCGAGCUGGCUUUUUGCUGCGCCGCCAGCUUUUCCAGGACAAGGCCAUCCUUCUUGUCCCUCGACCCCAGCACCUUUCAAAAUCCCGUGCCUGUUGGUAGCGUACUCUACCUCACCGCUACAGUCGUCUACACAGACCCUCCCGUAGUACAAGGAGCAUCAGAUCACAAUGAUUCCGGCGAGAGUGGAGCAGCUGGCCAUCGAACUCGUGUGCAGGUCCGGGUGGACAGCAAAGUACGGAAUGUCGAGCAUGGAGAGACCAAACCAACGGGCCAGUUCAAUUACACCUUCACUGUCGACAAGGAUAUCAAGGUCAUGCCGAGGACCUACUCCGAAUUCAUGAUGUACAUUGAUGCCAGGAGGCGGGUUAGGCGCGUCGUCAAGAGCAUCGAGGAGGCCGAAGCGAAGCCGACCUGAGUGUGGGAUGGCGAUCGUGGGUUUAGAGGGAGGAAUGCCUACAUUGGCUCGAUACGCGAUCAUCUUGAUGCUCAUUCCGUGAACCGCAAUCUGCUUGACACAUU